AUGGCCUACGGCUACUACAAACAGAGUAAUAGACCAGGUUGGGGGACAAGCCAGGUAAUGCCCUUCACUUCCCUCUUGCAAACCCCUUUCACUCUCGUACUAGUAUCAGUUUGGGCCUCCACCGACCCCAAACUUUCAACCUCAACCCUCAUGGGGAGGCAUGGACUUCUAUCGCGCCCACGCUCCAAGUCCCGAUCCAACGAGCUCAGCCUCAUGUCUCCUACGGAAAUAGGACAUGCAGCAGCUUACGAAGCUUAUCGUACUUGGACCCAUAACAGCUCUAUUCGUGAACCCCUGAGCAGCGAUUUCGAGAGGCAGAGGGAAGGAUUCAUUGGUCUUGCAGUCGCAGAAGCUAUGCCCAAAUGGCAGCGUCAGACGCCGCAGCCCAUACCGCUUCAUAUAUCUUCUACGAGGAUCGUGGGGGAGGAGAUGGUGGGCGUCGCUCCCGUUCCCGACACAGGGAUGACUUCCACGACGACCCUUAUGCUUAUGAUGACGAUCGGGUUUAUUCACGCUCACGCUCCGGCCAUCGGCAUCGCUCUCACUCUCGUCACCGUUCUCACUCUUCUCAACAUCAUAUGUCUUUUCCUGGCACUGCGUACUCUUCUUCCAUGGGAGGAUAUCAAGGGCAAUCAGCUGGUUCCUAUGGAUCUUACGGUGGAGGGAUGCAGAUACCUAGCAUUGGAAAUUCUUAUCCUCCUGGAACUCCGUAUUAUCCCAAUGGCGGGAUGCACAUGGGAGUGGGCUCAGCAUAUGGCUCAGCAUAUGAAGGGUCUUCGAUGCCCUUGGGGAUGAGCCCUUCCAUGUACCAUGACCCGUCCAUGCCGAUGGGUGUUUCGCCCUCCAUGCCGAUGGGCGUCUCCCCGUCGUAUCAGGGCUCAUCAAUGCCCAUGGUCAUACCAGGCCAUUCCAGAAGCCACAGUUCUUCUGUGUCGUACCCACAAGCUUAUAUGGGAUCUGCGAUGAGCGCGGGCAUGCCUGUUGGAGUACCACCAUCGCAAACGAUAGUGAUACACAAACCGCGCAAAAAACACAAGCAUCGCAGCCAUCAUCGACGUUCAAGAAGCUCUGACCCAGCGUAUUAUUAGGCAGCGAAUAUGUAUUGGAUUGAAACUACCCUUGUAUUAUGUUAACCAUGUGUGUGUGUAGGAUAAUGACGCCAAUGCAUCCUUGGCUGUGUGUACUA